UUUUGCUAUUAAAUCAUGUUUCCUGAAGAAAUUUUCUUCGAAAUUCUCUUAAGAUUGCCAGUGGAAACUCUAGCAAUCUUUUUAUGUGUGUCCAAGCUUUGGCUCUCAAUCAUCCGCAGUAGACAUUUCAUCAACGCAUACCAAUCUCGAUGCUCUACUCGUCGUCAGUCUCGUGUCAUGUUCGCUUUACAAGAUCAAUUCGCAACAUUCCGUUGGCACUUUCUCUCGAUAUCCCAACCUUCUUUUGUAAUCAAUGCACCAUGCUCCGUCGAUAACACCUCUUAUACGCCUUAUUGCGUCCAUGGUUUGAUAUGUAUUGAAUACAUGGAUCAGUUGUGGAUAUGUAAUCCUGCCUUGGGAAAGGGAGUACUCUUACCCCAAGGUCCCCAAUCCUCUUCCUAUAAACCGUUCAGGACAUGGUAUAUGGGAUAUGAUCCUAUCAGUUGUCAAUAUAAGAUCUUGUUUUUCUCGAAAAAGCGUUUAAGAUGUCGCUACAAAGUGCAAGUGUUUACUCUAGGAGGAGGUCAAGGUUCAUGGAAGAUGAUCGAGGUUGGGAAUGUUCAUUCUCCCGUUACCAGAGGAGUAUGCAUCGAUGGGAUUGUGUAUUACGGUGCUGGCACGGCGCAUGGACCGAGGUUAGUAAGAUUCUAUGUGGCGACGGAAAAGUUUGAUGAUUUCAUUGAAUUUCCAGUGGAGGCUAGUAUUGUUUAUGAUAUGUUAUUCGCGAACUACCAAGGGAAACUAGCUUUGGUUGCUAAAAGAAAUAUUAGCAAGUAUGAUAUAUGGGUUUUGGAAGAUGCCAAGAAACAAGAAUGGUCUAAAGUCUCUAUCAAUAUAAAUCGAGAGAUGUGUUCGUAUAAUCUUAUUUGGCCAGGUGUUGUGGGUUUUGUUGCUGGUAGUGGUGAUCUUAUAGUUACAGCUCGUGAUUAUCUUCUUCAGUUUCAUCUUGUUUAUGUUGAUCUCAAGAAGAAAUGUUCAAGGGGAGUUUGGUUGGGAGGAGUUAGACCCUUGGCUCGAUCAUCUUUGGUGCUAGCUUUCACGGAUUACGUUGAAAGUAUUAUGUUGUUGUAAUAAGAACAAGAAGAGUGAUCUUGAUGUUACAUGAUCCACAUGAGUGAAAGGAUUUGUUCUUUCGUUUAAUGUUGAUCAGUUUUUUUUUUUCUUUUUCUUUUUCUUUUGAAUGUUGGUCACUCUAGUCCAAGUGAA